UGAGUGACGGCGACAACAGGUGCAGCGCGGCGUCUUCAGCUUCUCCGGAGCCCCCGAGUUUGGUGCAUCGAGCUCGGGGGUCAGAGUUUGACUCUGGCAAGUGUCUUCCUCGCCUCGCACCAGCCUUCGGAAGUCUCCCCUUCCGGCUUCUUGCACCUUAGUAAAGCCUUGAAGUCACCUCAACCUCUCAAAAUCCAACAGUGGAGGACAGUGAAAAGUGUGCGGUGCUUGGAGCUUUGCAUUACCGUUCGCUCUCUCCUCCCCAACCUUCCGAAAGCAGACGAGAUCGGUCCCAGAAGCGAGCCCUCGAUCCGCACACCCCACUCCCGCCUCAACUUGUUGCGCGCUCUGCCCCUGAGACGUGCCGCCUUGGAGACCUCGCUGAUACCCGCCCGCCCGCGCCCCUCCCCGGCUUGCGGCGCCCGCCCGCACUGCGGCCCGCCGCUGGAGGCGACGCCGCCAGCCCCUCCCCAUCCCCCCCAGGUGGCAGGUUCAGGCCCCGGGUCCAAGCCUGCGCCCCUAAAGCUGCCACCGCCGCCGUCGCCGCCAGGGGGAGAGUCCCAGAGGGAAAACGUGGCGUGGCUUCCUUGGUGUGAAGCUGCCUUCAAACUUUUAGGUUUCUGCGCCUUUCGCCCGUCUUUGAAGAGCGAAGGGGAAGAUGGAGACCGAAUCCGGGGCGCAAACAUCAAAUCAGACGCAAACAGAUUCAUUAUCUCCAUCCCCCAAUCCUGUGUCACCUGUGCCUUUGAAUAACCCAACAAGUGCCCCAAGAUAUGGAACUGUGAUCCCUAAUCGCAUCUUUGUAGGAGGAAUUGACUUUAAGACAAAUGAAAAUGAUUUAAGAAAAUUUUUUUCCCAGUAUGGAUCUGUAAAAGAAGUGAAGAUUGUAAAUGACAGAGCUGGAGUAUCCAAAGGGUAUGGUUUUGUCACUUUUGAAACACAAGAAGAUGCACAAAAAAUUUUACAAGAGGCUGAAAAACUUAAUUAUAAAGAUAAGAAACUGAAUAUUGGUCCAGCAAUAAGAAAACAACAAGUAGGGAUCCCUCGUUCUAGUGUAAUGCCAGCUGCUGGAACAAUGUAUCUAACAACUUCAACUGGAUAUCCUUAUACUUACCAUAAUGGUGUUGCUUAUUUUCAUACUCCAGAGGUAACUUCUGUCCCACCACCUUGGCCUUCACGUUCUAUAUCUAGCUCUCCUGUGAUGGUAGCUCAGCCCGUUUAUCAGCAACCUGCAUAUCACUACCAGGCCCCAGCACAGUGUCUACCAGGACAGUGGCAGUGGGGUGUUCCUCAGUCUCCUGCCUCUUCUACUCCAUUCUUAUACCUCCAACCUUCUGAGGUUAUUUAUCAACCAGUGGAAAUUGCGCAAGAUGGUGGAUGUGUUCCUCCUCCACUGUCUCUCAUGGAAGCUUCAGUUCCAGAGCCUUAUUCUGAUCAUGGAGUUCAAGCAACAUAUCACCAGGUUUAUGCUCCAAGUGCCAUUGCUAUGCCUGCGCCUGUGAUGCAGCCUGAACCAAUUAAAUUCAUUGUCAGCUUGAAGCUGCAGCCAUCUGAAGACUUGCCUAGGCUGUAUGUCCUAGCAGGCACCCAAGGAGUCUUCACACACAAACAAAAAUCCCAGAUGACCCAGACAGUGUGGAGCAUUCAUUAUUAGGACAAUUGGGCAGCUCUAGUCCAGCUCAACUGAUUUCUUGUCCAAUGAUCCUUGUGUGACCAAGAUCCAGCUUCAAGGAACCGGCUAGAAGCUGCCCGUUGUGAAACUUAGGGUUAGUUAAUACCUCACAAUACUUUUUUAUUCCACUAUAAGCUGUCUAACUUUGAUGAAAUUUGCUUUUUCAACUGUUUUACAAAAUUAUUUAGGUAGAUGUGGCAUGUUUUUAUGUGUUAAUCUAACUGUAGUGACAUU